AUUUGUAAAAAAAAUAUUAGUUUUUUUUAACAGUUCGUCAAGUGAAAGAGUCUACAUCGUGUCCAGUUUGUUUUAUUAUCCACUAGUAAGCAGUUAUUUUAAAUCAAUGGAGACCCGGUUUCACGACAUUGUAUCUUUUAAACUCCUAAAUGCACAAAGAUAUAACUAUUUACAUUUACUAAGAGACGAAAACGGCGAUUAGUGACAUACAAAAUCCAACAAUCACUUUGAAAUGAUUUUAAAAAUGGAUCUAUCCACAAACAAUAGUAAUUGGUCCAUCCUGAACAGCGUUCCGGUUUUUGCUGCAUCCCGAGCCACACCCAGCACGCGGCCGCGGAGGGCAAAGUUCACAUGGAGGAAAGAUGGCGGCUUCCAGUGGCAGGUACUGUACCGCUCACACAGGUGUGAGGUAUUAUCUUUCAGGCUGGUGCCGCUGAUUGUGUUGCUGUGUGUGAGCGCUCAAGCGGUGGACCGCAGCAGCUUCAAAACAUGCGAGCAGAGCGCCUUCUGCAAGAGAGUGCGAUCACUCCACUGGACAUAACUGAGUAUCCUGGAGGAAUGAACACGAAACAGAGGCUGUCUGAACAUCUGAGGGUCUGGGGUCUGUCUUCAGGCUCUCUGUGGUGGCUCAGGGUGAGAAUAGUCUGGUGUUGUCUCUGGGUGGCAGAGAUCAGCGGCUGGUCGUAAGUGCUCAGCCAUUCCGGCUGGACAUCGUGGAGCGUCCUCAGGUGAUCGUGUCACUCGACUCCCGCGGCCUGCUGGCCUUCGAGCACCUACGAGCACGCAAGGACACAGCAUCCAUUGCUGAGACACUGAUGCAAUGCUGCAUUUUUACAAAUCUGAUGAAGAAACAAUCUCAUCUGCAUCUUGGAUGGCCUGAGUGGAUCAGACCCGUUUCGGCUGUACAACUUUGAUGUUUUCCAGUAUGAGCUACACAACUGAUCUCACAGCACUGACCGCACCAUGGGCGUCUUCUGGCUCAGUGCAGCAGAGACAUGGGUGGACAUCAGCUCAAAUACUGCAGGAAAGGCACUCAGUUGUUUCCUCCUCUCACGGCGCUGGGAUAUCAUCAGUGCCGCUGGCACUAUAAUGAUCAGGAGGACGUAAAGACUGUCGAUCAGGGCUGUGAUGAGCAUGACAUCCUGUAUGACUUCAUUUGGCUGGACAUUGAACAUGCAGAUGGAAAACGCUGCUUCACCUGGGACCCCAGCAAGUUCCCCCAACCUAAAGAAAUGCUGCAGGGCCUGAUGGAGAAAAGACGCAAGCUAGUGGCCAUUGUAGAUCCCCACAUUAGGGUGGACAGCGGCUAUAAGAUACACAAUGAGAUUCUCUCCAAAAACUUUUAUGUCAAGAACAAAGAUGGAGGAGACUAUGAAGGCGACCGCUGACGGUCUGGUUGAGCGUUCAGGAGGUGUGGAGAGAUCUUUCGUUCUGACCCGAGCAUUUUCUGCUGGAUCCCAGUGUUACGGUGCGGUGUGGACGGGAGAUAACGCCGCUGAAUGGGGUCACCUGAAGAUCUCCAUCCCCAUGUGCUUGAGUCUGGGCUUAGUGGGCGUCUCUUUCUGUGGAGACCUUUAUGGGUGGAGUAUCCUAAUGAUGUCACCACGUUCUCAAUUGAGGAUGAGUACUUGAUUGGGAAGGAUCUGCUGGUGCAUCCCGUCACUGAUGAGGGUGAAACCGCUCUUCCCGCCUAUCUGCCUGGGAAAGGAGAGGUCUGGUAUGAUGUUCACACUUUCCAGAAGCAUAAUGGGGAGCAGAGCCUCUACAUUCCUGUCACCAUGAGCUCCAUCCCAGUUUUCCAGCGAGGAGGCUCCGUUAUCUGCAGGAAAGACCGAGUUAGGAGAUCUUCGUCCUGUAUGGAGAACGACCCAUACGCUCUCUACGUAGCUCUCAAUUCUCAGGGCUCUGCUGAAGGAGAGCUGUACAUCGAUGACUUCCAUACAUUCAGCUUUGAAAAAGCAAAGCAGUUUGUGCACAGACAUCUGUCUUUCGCCGCCAACACGCUGUCUUCCAGAAAUCUGGCCCCAGACUCCCAGUUUUCCACUGCCUCUUGGAUAGAGAAGAUUGUGAUCAUCAGAGGCAGUCAACCGUCCUCUGCUACUCUGAAAAAUGCAGAUGGUACAGAGUCGGCUGUAGAGUUUGAGUUUGACUCUACACUUUCAGUUUUGACUCUGCGUAAGCCAAGGGUCAACACAGCGGCAGACUGGACCACAAUCUUGCGGUAACACAAGGACGACAUGCAAACAAUAGAGAAACUGAACAGCACUUAAUUUCACAUGACCACACACAAACGUUACAGAAUGAGAGACCAAACAGAGAAUGGGAACAUGCACAGAAAAAUCGAGAAAUCAAAUGUUUUUUUUUUUUUUAAGAUGAUGUGUGUAUCUGUUGAGGCAAAUAUGAAUGCAAAGAGAUUAUGGGAAGCCAUCAGGAUAUUAAGAGAGAUGUCUGAUGACAUACUGACUUAAACUCUAUUGUGGGAUUUCACAUGACAGGCGCAAUUUGUCAUUUAAAUUAGCAAUUUAAUAAUUGGUUGAAAGUUACAACAAAGAAAUAACAUACAGGAUGUUAGUUUAUAGAUUGCACAAAUUAGAUUUUUUUUUUUCCUCAGGUCAUGAAGUGUUUUGUCAUUAAAAAUAAAUUUCAUUACAUAUUAAUAAAUAUACUUUAGGACCAUUGUUUUUGGCAGAAUUUACAGCCAGAUUCCCAUUUGGAUAGGAAGUGUGAUUUUUUUUUUUUUUUUUGUGAGACCCUAUUACUUGGACUAUAAGGAAUCAUUUCCAAAAACUAAAUGGCCAAUGAAAAAUAAAUUACCAACAUUUUAGUUGGUAAUGUUUCAAAAUGGUUUAAUAGAUAUGUGUUACACCUUUCUUUACUAGAGCACAGAAGCCAUCAAUGAUGUAUUUAGUAGUGUUUUCUUUGUAAAACUGUGAGAGAAUACUGAGGUAGAAACAGGCCUCUGUAAGUGACUAUUAGGCUUAUUUGCAAGAGACUGAUGGAUUUGUGCAGCACAAAAACCCUCAGACAAGCAAACAACAACCUUAGGAAGCAAAGCCUGGAUGAAAAUAAAGUGGCUCAACUGAU